AUGAACAAAGCUGAUGACAAGUGGAAAAGACCUCCAAGGAUGGUUAAUAGGAACCGUGACCCCAGCAAGUGGUGUGACUUUCAUAAGGACCACAGCCACACAACUGAUGAAUGCAAACACAUGAAAGACAACAUAGAAGACCUAGUCAAAAGAGGGUAUCUGAACCAGUUCAAACAGCAGGCUGAUCCCCCAAAAAGAAGAGAAGAGGAUAGAGUAGCCCGUGACUACAGAGGAGGUCACAGUGGUCCUGCUGAGGAUAAAGACAGAGACAGCAAGCCAGAAGGCAGGGUGUAUGUGAUCGGCGGAGGACCGAUGCAUUGGGGAACAAUGAACAAGGCCCGGGCAGACCUGCGGGCAAUGAUACAUCAGAUAAACCAUAAUGAGAAGCGCAGGUGGCCACCUCUUCCCCCGCAGCCGCGAGCUACAUUUGAUGAUAAUGACCCAAAGGGCAUAAUCUAUCCUCAUGAUGAUCCUCUGCACGUUCAAGAGCUGAAGUUAGACAGAAAGGACCUAAAAAGGGUGAGUUAUGAAGUCACCGGGUUUAACGGAUCUGGAUUGACGUCGGAAGGUAUAAUCGAGCUCGUAGUCCGAGUAGGAGAAAGGUCGAAAAGACGCGAUAUUCGAGCAGAGUUCCUUGUGAUAGACUCUCCUUCAGCUUACAAUGUGAUCUUGGGGAGGCCACUCAUCCACAAGAUUGGCAGAGUGGUUUCCACCUAUCAUCUUGCCAUGACUUACACAACCAAUGAAGGGCGGUCAGCAAAGCUCAGGGGAAGCCAGAAAACAACUCAACAAUGUUACAUAACUGCCCUAAAGCAGCUCGCCAGGACCAGACAACAGCCACUCUUAGUGCAAAGAUUCGUUGAGCAGGUUCAGAAAAAGUCAAGAAAAAGAAAGCGCGAAGAAUAUCACAGGGAGAAGGAUAAACAAAAGUUGUCCAUUGAAAAUUUUGAGCCCGGAAAGGAGGAGAUGGAUAGACCGCUUCCUAGCGGGAGCAUGUUAAAGUUGAGCUCAAAGAAGAUGAUCCUUCAAGAACAGUAA